UUUGUGUCUCUGUAUUCAUGCAGUAAAAUGGCAGAAACCAGAUUUUCUCAGGAUGAGUUGAUGUGUCCAAUGUGUAUGGAUCUCCUGGAGGAUCCAGUGACCAUCCAGUGUGGACACAGUUACUGUAAGAGCUGUAUUACAUGCUUCUGGGAUCUGGAGGAUCAGAUGAGAGUCUACAGCUGCCCUCAGUGCAGACAGACCUUCAGACCAAGACCUGAUUUAGGGGAAAACACCAUGCUGCCUGAACUAGUAGAGACACUGAAGAAGACCAAACUUCCUUCUGACUGUGACGCUGGAGCUGUAGAUGUGCAGUGUGACAUCUGUACUGGAAGAAUAAACAAAGCUGUCAAGUCCUGUCUGGUGUGUCAGGAAUCUUACUGUCAAACUCAUUUUGACCUUCAUGAGGAAUUUCAUUCCCGUAAGCCACACAAAGUGAUCGAUGCUACUGGACGACUGCAGGAGGUGAUCUGCCAGAAACAUGAGAAGCUCCUUGAGGUUUUCUGUCACACUGACCGGAAAUAUAUAUGUUUGCUGUGUGCGACAGAUGAACAUAAAAACCACAACACUGUAUCAGCUGCAGCACAAAGGACAGAGAAACAGAAGCAGCUGAAGGAGACACAGAAGACGCUCCAGCAGAGAAUCCAGCAGAGAGAGAAAGAUCUUCAGCAGCUGAGAGAGGCUGUGGAGUCUCAUAAGUGCUCUGCACAGACAGCAGUGGAGGACAGUGAGAGGAUCUUUACUGAGCUCAUCCGCUCCAUUGAGAGAAGCCGCUCUGAGCUGAUACGGCUGAUCAGAGAUCAGGAAAAGCGAGCGGUGAGUCCAGCUGAAGAACAACUGAAACAACUGGAGCAGGAGAUCAAUGAACUGAAGAGGAGAGACGCUGAGCUGGAGCAGCUUUCGCACACACAGGAUCACAUCCAGUUCCUGCAGAGUUUCCAGUCUCUCUCAGCACCUCUUGAAUCUACAGACAUAAAUGACGAUCCCUUCAGUUCUCUCUUCUCUUUUGAUGAUCUGACAGAAUCUGUCGAUCAGCUGAGAGACAAACUGGUGGAUUUCUACAAAGAGGAGCUCAAGAAGAUCUCAGACAGAGUCACACUCACCAACAUUGAUCUCUGGACCAAGAAUGAUUUCCUACAAUAUUCCCAUCAGCUCACUCUGGAUCUGAACACAGUGUAUAAACACCUCCGUUUGUCUGAGAACAACAGACUGAUUACAUUCACUAACACAGAUCACUCGUAUCCUGAUCAUCCAGACAGAUUUGAUCAUUGGCCACAGGUGUUGUGUAGUGAGGGUGUGUAUGGACGCUGUUACUGGGAGGUGGAGUGGAGUGUUGGUAUAUCAGGUGUUGUGGAUAUAGCAGUGUCAUAUAAGGGAAUCACCAGGAAGGGACCGGGUGAUGAGUGUGUGCUUGGACGUAGUGAUCAGUCCUGGUGUUUGUGCCUCCGUCCCUAUAGAUUUUUUUUUGGACACAAAAACAACUGGAUACCUCUCUAUGUAAAGUCCAUCAGCAGUAAAAUAGGAGUGUUUCUGGAUUACAGUGCAGGAACUCUGUCCUUCUACAGCGUCUCUGACACAAUGAGACUCAUCCACACAAUCCAGACCAAAUUCACUCAGCCGCUCUAUCCUGCGUUUCAUGUUGGUUCUGGAGCAUCAAUUAAACUGUUUUGAUGAGUCAGAAUAGACUGACAAGAGACUCUACCCACAAUGCUUUGAGCAGUAUGAUAAAUCAGUAACAGUGAGAUGUUAUAGAGUCUCUUCUUUUGUCUUUAUGACAUUAAUACUGCAGCUGAACUUCUGUCACUGAAAUAACAUGUCUGAAUAGUGUGUAAUAAAUUCU